AUGGUCUGGUCGUGCCGUCCAAUGGUCUUGAAUCCCGGGCAGUCUCCCAAUCGCAUAUGUUGGUUUGGUCACCGGAGCUGUCACAUACUACCUGUAAAUACAUGCAGAUCUAUUUAUGGGUCAUUGGACAGUGGAGAUAGCAAACGUGUGACAGUCGUAGCGCAAGUUGAAUAUUUUUCAUCAGCCAGGAAGGAUAUUUACUGCCUACUGGACCACGGAAUCAUUACUACCAGCACGUUUCUUGAAGAAGUAUCAUGUAUCCAACUGUUUCGUUUAUUUGAAACACUCGAAGACAGGUUCAAUCAGAUCUUAAAGAUAGCUUCCGAAAAACAUGAGACGUAUCCAAACGCCGUCGUUACUGCAAUCGUUUUAUAG